GUUUGCGAACCCGCCAUGAAUAUCAGGAAGCCAUCAGUUCAGGGUUUGACGGUUGCCUAGGUACCGCAAGCGAACAAAUGUGUUUGUCGUAAACAAAACUAGUUUGUCAUAUAGAUACACGUUUCCAACGUCAAUCGUUUGACAGCGAAUUUCGUACCUGUCUGGUAAGAUGACGUCGCUCGAUUUGAGGCAACAGAAACUGGAGCAGCAGAGGCAGCUAAUUGCACAAAAGAUGAAGCAAAAAAGACAGACUGGUGCUAGUGGAAUGGUUCAGGCAUCUAAUGUAUCUAGUGCACAACUUACAAGCCAUUCUACUAGGUGGAUGAAUCCAAAUAAAGAACUUCAUGCUUAUGAUGGUCCACUUCAGUAUACCAUGACACAAGUAAAUACAGACAUAGGACCUUAUACAGAAUGCAAAAAUAGUGAAGGGACAAUUAAUGCAGUAGCCAAUGAGAGAAGUCUAUAUGAAAGUUCGCAAAGUGCUGAUUGUGCUGAUGAGGAAUCAUCACCUGUAGAUUUGCAUUCACCUUCAGAAACUCUACCAUGUUCCUCGCCGCUUCGAGUAGCACCAUCAGAGGGAUCCAACACUCUUAUUAAUAGAGAUAAUAAUUCCUCGAGUCCAGAAUUAGAAGGAAACGUAGAAGGAAAUAUUGAACAAUUUGUAUUACAACCAGCCAAUAAAAAGAUGCAUUAUAAGUGCCGAAUAACGCGCGACAGGAAGGGAAUGGACCGUGGUCUUUACCCGACUUACUUCUUGCAUCUAGAACGUGAUUACGGAAAAAAAAUCUUCUUAUUAGCUGGUCGCAAACGGAAAAAAAGUGCAACGAGCAAUUAUUUAAUAUCAACUGAUCCGACGGAUCUCUCAAGAGGUGGAGAGUCUUAUGUUGGUAAACUCCGAUCAAAUCUAUUGGGGACACAAUUCGCGGUAUAUGACAAUGGCUAUUCGUUGAUGAAGGACGACAAGCGCGACGAACGUUACAAUCCGCGACAGGAAUUGGCCGCGGUGGUGUACGACACGAAUGUUCUGGGUUUCAAAGGACCGCGCAAAAUGACUGUUAUUAUACCGGGUAUGACACCUGACCAAAAGCGAGUGCAGAUAUGUCCACGGGAAGAACCGGACACCUUAAUUGAACGCUGGAAAUUGAAACAUAUGGACAAUUUGAUAGAGUUACACAACAAAACUCCCGUAUGGAAUGACGACACGCAGUCUUACGUACUGAACUUUCACGGACGAGUGACUCAAGCAUCCGUAAAAAAUUUCCAAGUUGUUCACGACAGUGACGUGGAUUACGUUGUAAUGCAGUUCGGGCGUGUCGCGGAAGACGUUUUCACGAUGGAUUACAGAUUUCCUCUUUGCACUGUUCAAGCAUUCGCCAUCGCUUUAAGUAGUUUCGACAGUAAAUUGGCAUGUGAAUAACGACGUAGUUCGACACAUACGGUUGCACGUAAACCGUCAGUUCUAAGUAUACUACUUUCCCACAAGUUACUACAUCAUUCUAAAUCGAUUCGAUAGCUUUUUAAUGGACAAUCAUUAGAUAUUACAGUACAAGUGUGAAUGACAUAUAGUGUACCGAACUGUUUUAGAAGAACUCCGUUACGGCAAGCGUGAGAAUCAUUCUGGAUGUGUGUUCACUUUUUCGUAUUUCGCGUAUGAAGGAUCUAUUUCUAUUCUCGAAAUGUAUAAUGCCGACUGACAUGGCGACUUCGACAUUGUCCAUGAUAUAUUGUUAUGAAAGCGUUAAAUAUGCUUGAAAAUAUUGGCAUGUGUAUCUUUUCCAGUAUUGCACAUUAUGUUCUGGUCAUUUCUUUUUCAUUAUUUAAAAUUUAUCGAUCGAUUUAUUUAUGUGUAAUUAUUAAAAUGAUUUAUUACGCGCGCACCUCAUUUCAUGGCCAAUAAAGCCUGAACUUUUUGGUUGAUAUAGUUCAAAAACUGCAAUGUGGUAUAUAUUUUUGUUGAACAUUCGAUAUGUCUUCAUGAAUGAUAAUUCAGGCGUAAAAUGUUUGUAAAUGAUAAGCCAUAAGUACUGAUAUGAUUUUACAGUGCCUUCACAUGAUGUUCACUGCAUAUUUAAAGAAAUCAUAUCUAUGAAUCUUUUUGUUACCGUUUAUAUUUAUAAAUAGCGAAGCUAUUUGCGAUACAGAAACAGUAUGUAAUAUAAGUUUUACAAAAGGAAACGAUAUCAUCGUUGAUCGAUAAUGAAAACAAUAUAAAAAAUAAA